AUGUCGUACAGAGUCCAAAGAGUAGACGAUGAGUUUGUGAGUAACAAGAAUAAGAAAGAUAAAGCUGGGGUGAAGUACCCAAAGAAAUUCUCCAAGAAAGUCAAUAUGGGGAAAGUGAACUUUGCAGUGGUGGAAAAAUGGAUUGGUGAUACUUUGAACGAGCAAUUGCCGGACGAUGACGUGGUAAUUGACUACGUGGGCGAAUUGUUGCAAGCCGAAGACGAGCCGGACAUCAAGAUGAUCCAUUUACAAAUGCAGGACUUUUUGGGUCAAGAACAGGCCAUGAAGUUCUGCGAGACGUUGUGGGACUUGUUGAUGAGUGCACAGGAUGAUCCUGAUGGCAUACCGGCGCAGCUUCUAGAACAAAGACGGAAGGAGUACGAGGCAGACGUAGACAGCGGUAAGGUGGAAAAACCGAAGACCAACUACAACAGAAGUGGUGCUGGACAAAAUACUUUAAUGGAUGCAAAAACCAAUGGCGAUAAAGGGCGCAGCUACAAGGAUAAAGGGCGUAGUGACAUGAAGAACACUUCUGGCCAAAAUAGAAGACACUACAGAAAUACGCGAAAUGAUAGGGACAUGGAUCCCCAGGAUAUAAGGGCCUCGAAAAACACCGGAUAUAGAGAUGACAAACAGGAUCGAUCGUACAAGCGGUCUGAUAAUCGGGAAAACGACAACAGAAAAUGA